AUGCUGCGGACCACUCCUUGGUUCAUAUCUUUUCUUGCCGUGGCAAAUGCAAGGGAGGCCAUUCAAUCAGCCACAACAAAGCCUGUAAACUGUCAACGAGCAUGUGUGCAACUCUCCACGGUCUUCGGACCUGCAGUCCAUUACCCUGACAGCGAUAACUUCACCAUUUGGGAUGCGAAGCAGCAGGAGGUUCGUCCAUCCUGUCGCAUCGAGCCCAGUAGUGCCUCUAAUGUGGCUGAAAUCUUGGAUAUUCUUGUUGACCACUGGUGCUACUUUUCGGUCAAGGGUGGCGGUCACUCCAGGAAUGCUGGAGACUCUAACUCUGUGGGCGGUGUUACUAUAGACCUGGACCUCUUGAACCAAGUCGAGGUGCUAGACAAUGGGAACAAGGCACGUGUUGGUGGCGGUGCAACCAGCGUUCAAGUGUACCAUGCCCUGGAAUCUCGGAAUCUGUCUUUUGUCGGUGGGAGAGUAGGCAGUGUGGGCAUGGGGGGAUUCACACUCGGUGGAGGAACAUCCCCAUUCUCAAACAAGUAUGGAUGGGGUUUGGAUAAUGUUUUCGAAUAUGAGGUUGUCCUCGCCAAUGGUACGGUUACCACCGCCUCCGAGAUACAUAAUCCAGAUCUCUAUUUUGCUCUCCGGGGAGGAGGCAAUAAUUUCGCCAUUGUCACAGCCUUCACGAUCCGCACAUUUUCCCAAGGUCCUGUCUUCACGGGGCAGACGUCAUACUCUGCUAACCAAACCGAGCAAGUCCUUGACAAGGUCUAUGACUUAUUCACAGAUGAGGAUCUUACCAGUGAUGUGGAAAUGGGCUAUGAUCUAUACUAUAGCUACCGCUCAGGCAGUGAAGACUUCACCUUGAUGGGCACCCAGCGCUACGGGAAGGCAAUUCGGAACCCCCCGGUCUUCCACGAAAUUGACCAAAUCCCCACAUUGAGCAGGUCUCAAACCAUAGAAUACAUGAGCAGUGUGUCUAAUGGCACUCUCCCAAUGGGUACAACUCGAAACUUAUUUGCUACUCUGACCGUGUCCCCAUCUCGUCCCCUGCUCUCGAAAGCUCUCCAGAUCUUCCGACAAGAGGUGGAAGCUAUCAAGUCUGUACCCGGCAUAAGUACCAACCUGAUCUGCUAUCCGAUGCAAAGAAAUGCCAUUGCAGCCAUGAAGAACAGAGGCGGCAAUGCGCUAGGAAUCGAUGUCGAGCGUGAAGAACCUCUUUUUAUUAUUCUACUCUCCACGGCUUGGUCGGAUGCCAAUGAUGAUAUGGCCAUCAAUGGGAUGACCACAAAUGCCGCUCGCCGGAUUGAUUUAGCAGCCCAUAAGCUCGGUGUUGCCAAUCGUUAUAUGUAUAUCAACUAUGCAUCGGCCGAGCAAGCUAGCCGAGUGUUCUCUGGUUAUGGUGCGGAGAAUUUACAAAGACUCAAGAAUAUUCAAAAGGCGGUAGAUCCUCGUGAAGUUUUCACCUCAAAGGGUCUGUGGAAGGGAUUUGUGAAACUGCACUAG